AUGGCUGCUAACCGUCCUUCAAGGCAAAAGGGCAAGGCUGCUGUUCCCAAGCCCGCUCAAGGGUCAGGCCUCAAUCCAUCAGGGCACCCAGCCGCUGAUCAGCUCAACAUCGCAGCUGAGCAACCCUCCAUGUCAGCAUUUAGUUUCAAUCCACACCAACUGAGUCAAGAUGGACAGGAAGGUUGGCAAAUCCCAGAUAACUCUCAACAAUCUUACCAGGAUAUCCCUCUUAUGAGGAAAUGUACAUAUGCAUCUGGCGCGCCGCACACCUCCAACUCCAACUCCAAUUACUUCCCGCAGCACACCUCCAACUCCAACAACGAUCACUUCCCGCCGCAUGCCUCCAACUCCAACUCCAAAUAUUUCCCGCAGCACACCUCCAACUCCAAUGACGAUCACUUCCCGCCGCACACCUCCAAUGACAACGGUCACUUCCAAUCGCAACCCUUUCCCGACGAUCGCUUCACGGAGCCCGCUUUCGGCGACGACAACGACAAUGACCACACGUCGUUCUAUGAAAACCAGAAUUACAACCGGGGCCAUUUCAACGCCCACAGAACGCCAUUGCCGCCAUGGGUCGACGAAGCGCCCAACCAUGGAGCAGGCAUCGUGGACCGGGGGAACGGCUUGGUCCCACCGGCCACGAAUAUAGCACUGAUCCGGCAGGGGGAGAUACCCCACGAUGAGGUUACAAGGGGGCCAGCACACACUACGAGGAAACGCAAUACGAGGGCCGCACUACCCAGAACACCUUACUUCGUUCCACAAGCCCCCUGCAGUGUCACUGAACUGACAAAUCCCACAACACCACAGCCACUCAUCACCCAAGAUCCAGCGGUGACAUCGAAGACUGUACGCUCGUCGAAAGAAGAUAUUGAGCACGCCGUUAAGGGCGCGAAGGUUUUGAUUGCGCAGGUGAUGUUUACCAAGCAUGCAAUGACCCAGAAGGCCAAGACACGCCUCGCUCAAGUCGAGGAUGCGAUUAAAGACUCUACUCGCUGUUUGGAGGAUGAUGUUACGGUCGAGAAUUUUAUAACCCGCGUCCACACCAGGCAGGUCUCAAACACCUUGUCCGCCAUACGAGGCAAAGUAGUCCAGUUUUCACGCGAUGGCGUGUUCUUGUCGUACAGCCUCUUCCCCCCACGAGGGAGCAUCACAACAGCCAAGGACUAUCACAUAACGACGGUAAAUAAGUUGAUUCGAGGUGCUGAUCCCUUAUUAUUUAUGCACGCAUACUUUGUAAAUGAGCACGGUGACCUCAUUGUAACCGCAAAAUUCCAAAAUGUGUUUAUCAUGGCCAGCGUCGUUCGCUUUGUGUGGCACGCGGGACGUGAAGCCUUCCUCGGCAAAUCACCGCUGAAAGCUAUCAAGUACGUGGUGGCAUUGGUCGGCAGCACUGCGCACUGCGCAUUGCAGGAACAGCGAUCACUCGUCAUCACGCUGAAUGCUUUCAGUGGUCUGUAA